AACAAGUCAUUUUCGGAAUUCGGUUAACAACAACAACAACAACUUGUACAAUAAUAUCAAGAAUAUGUCGAAAAAAGAUUGGAAAUUUGAUAUAAAUGAACAUAUUCGUUAUCAUCUGAAGAAGCCAAGAUUAAAAGAUUUAUCGUGGACGCUUGUAUCUGCUGCAGGCUGUCGACUUACCAUUUAUUUUAUGAGUAAACUUGUAGGCAAUGUCUUGAACAGAACAGGAGUACACAAUUUGGGGACAUUUCAUGACGCCAUGGAAAACAGAAAUGGGCGGGGUCUAAUAACAGUUGCCAACCAUACCUCGCGACUCGAUGAUCCACUUAUGUUCAGUGUGCUACGAUGGAAUGAUAUCAAGUUGCCGAGAUUACGGUGGUCAACAGCGGCAGAGGAUAUCUGCUUUAAAAGCAGCUGGGAGUCCAAAUUUAUGGCCCUGGGCAAAGUGCUGCCAGUCACGAGAGGGGCCGGGGUCAUGCAGAAGUCAAUGGACUUUUGUGUUAAGGAGCUCAUGGAGGGGAAGUGGGUCCAUAUGUUUCCUGAAGGAAAAAUUAACUUGGAACAGAAACCAAUAAGAUUAAAAUGGGGGGUUGGGAGACUGAUUGUUGAGCCAAGUGUGACACCACUAGUCCUGCUGAUACACCACGUUGGAUUCGAGAAAGUUUUUCCCAAUGGAGGACCGUUGUUUCCGAGAUUGGGACAAAAGACCUCAAUCUAUUUCAGUGAGAAGCUAGACUUCACCAAAGAGGUGGAACAGAUGAGAUCCCUGAUGAAGACUCCGGACGAGAUGCGCAAGAUAAUGACUGACGUCAUCCAGGCAGAAAUGGCCGUACUGAAGCUACGAGCCGAGCAAUUUCAUAAACAGUAUUGGACAACAGCGGAGGAGGACAAGAACAGAUAGCAGACAGCCACUGUGUGCCUUUUGUAUGACACUGAAAGAAUUGAUCUGGGAAAUAAAAACAUUGGAUGUCAGGGUUUCCUAUCAGCUUUAAAAAGUUGUUGCCAUUUACUUAUGCUAAAUUCAAAAAGAUGUCGCCAAACUGGGGAUUCAAGUUAUGACGUUAAUAAUGCUAAAUUCCAAUAAUAACAAUACUGCAGAUAUGUACAGGUAACAAUAAAGCAGAAUUUAUGACCUUAAUAUUUGACCACUCAUUGAUUAUUCUGACUGUAUGACUUUUCAAAUAUCAUAUUACUGUUAUUAUGAUAAUUUGCAGUUAAUUAAUCAAAAUUCACUUGAAUAUCUCAAUGAAGGAGUGUUAUGGUCAGAUAUAAAUGGGUUUUGCAAAAAUG